GUUAAACAAUCACAUGCCUCCGCCUGUGAAGGUUCGACUUGGACUUGUCUUGUCUUGUCUUGUCUUGUCUGCGCCGAUGCUUCCACCUGUCCAAUCUGGCUAUGCCUGUGAAGUUUCCGCCUUGUGUUUUCCAGCAGGGAUAAGAGUUCUAUCUUACUGUGAUAUCCCAAGUUCGCCGACCGGAGCAGAUACUGUUACGUCGCAGUUUUCGGGCAGUUUUCCAGUACAUGAUUAUGCUCCGAGAUGAUCCAAGUACCAGUGCGAGUGGCUUCAAACCUGACUCGCAUCUGGACCGUCUACUCUUCGGCUGCAUCACUAUUCUCUCCCAAUGCCUGCACAAGAGGUGAAACUGCCACACAAGCAUGUCGACGUCCUCAUUAUUGGAGGUGGACCCGCGGGCAGUUACGCUGCCACCACCCUA